AUGGGUGGUGUUCCUGGACCAUUCAGUUGCUACUUAGCAUUACGUGGUGUAAAGACGUUACAUUUACGCAUGCGUGAACACGAGAAGAAUGCUUUCGAAGUGGCAAAGUUUUUGAAUUCCUCACCACAUGUUGAGAGAGUGAUUUAUCCAGGUAUACGUAGUUUAACGUCGCAACUUUAACUUUAGAAAGAUUUAGAUUAUUUGAAUACGAGAGUGACUGUAAGAUUCGUCAUUUGCGCUAUAUUUUACUGCCACUGGGCCUGACCUGGGGCCCUCAUCCGCUAAUCCGGAACUGCAUUUCCUGCAAUCUGCAACUUGCAGUUAAGACUUACCGUGUUUUCGCUAUUGAUAUCUGCACAACCCGCGAGAUAGCUACCAUAUAAAUUAAUAUACAUUGUACAAAUAAUGAAUGUUUAUUAGUGCAAUGGUAAAAAUAUUUUCAUGGGGUGAAAGAUGGAAUUUUUCAUUCCACCAGGCGACACCGAAGUGGGAUGGAAAAUUCCAUCUUUCGCCGAAAUAAUUUUUUUACUAUUGCACGAAUGAAAACAUUCAUUAUUUGUUUUAUAUGACACCGAAAUAGAUAAAUCUUAUCGAAUUUUUCAUUGAAUUAAAUACUAAACAAUUAAUGCCUCUCUGUACCUCAGUUACAUUGUUCAAAUGUAAUAAAAAUCCAACAAAAAACGCGCGGUCCCUUGCACGCUCAGCAAAAUGGUAAUUUUUCUUCAUGUCACGUAAUCAUAUAAAUGACCAGAAUUUAAUGAGUUUUUAUAUAAUGGUUACUGUUAAACGUAAAGAUAAAUUAAAAAUGAAUUACAUCAUAGUUGGGAAUAUUGAGAAGAGGCUCGUGUUUUAUUUAGGUUUCGAAUCACAUCCUCAACACGAACUAGCGAAGAAACAAAUGUCAGGUUUUGGUGGGAUGAUCACUUUCUUUAUAAAUGGUAAUCUUGAAACUGCCAAGAAAUUCUUCAGAAAUACCAAGGUACGAUUUUGAAGUUAUUCACCCUUUCGACGUUCUUAUAUUUAUCGUAUAAGUAUACAAUGUAUAUCGUUAUAUUUUUAUCACUGUAGUUCGGUGAGGUAGAAAGAGUUGGUUAUAUUCUUAUAUAAUCUAUUAACCCAAAUAAUCUAUUUGCGAUGUAAAAAUAAAACUAUCUGCGAUGAAAAAAUAAAACUCUGAAUAUAAAAUCAAAUGUUUUAUACAAUUUAUAUAGCUUUUCACACUCGCCGAAAGCUUGGGCGGCUAUGAAAGUCUAGCAGAACAUCCGUAAGUUUUUUAGCCUGUCUAAUUAUAGUAAUGCAUAAUACUCUUUAUAGCAUUCUCGCUCCCAGAGUAUGCCCAUUCGCAGGUUAGGCAUUGAGCACACUUACAUGUAUAUUUGUAUUGUUUAAUUUAAUUAAAAAUUAAUAUAACGUUUCUGAGCUUGAUGACUUCCUGAAAAUACACCUGAUCAGAGUGAGGACUGAUGAAGAUCAAAGACGGUGAUGUGUUAACUAUAUCAAAUCAACAACUUUUUUGUGUAGAAAAGCUUAAGACGAGGUGGAGUUGUACAGCCCGACUGCAAAUGUAAUGCCAAAGGACAGAACUGACAUUGCGUGCACUUCGAAACGUGAUUCAACUUACUGUAUUUCAGUCGCGCUGUAAACACCAACAUUAAAGAAAAUGUUACGCUAAAUUUGCUUUAGACCCAUUAUGGGAACUUGACUUACCAGCUUAUUUGUCGACUCGCCUUGGCACUGGUAUUAAACAAACAUUACCCUCCAUUUGGAUCAACCAAGAGCAAACUCGCUCAAUACACAACAGCAGGGGCGUAGGAACCGGGGGGGGGGGGGGGGGGAAAGGGGGCCUAGGUCCCGACGUUUUCAGAAGACACAAAAAGAAAAUAACCUGCAAUUCUUGAGAGAAGUGCCCUUCAAAAAAUAAAUCUCCAUGAAACAAAUAAAUUUAACUUUUGUCGAUGUUUUUUUAAAAAGGAAUCUGGUCAAAAACGUUGAUUGUACGAAACGUUGAUUGCAAUUCGAAAUUUGGGCAAAUGUAUGGAAUAUGAUAUGAUUGUAAGAUUGUUUUCCUUUCCUCCGUUCGCCAACAUUUCUGGGAAAAUUUUUUAGGUGCCCGUUUCAUUAUCCAAACGUGGCCCUCGAAGCCGGUGCCCUCCCCCCCCUCAACCUUUUGAUGCUUCCUACGCCCCUGGAUAGCUGAAUUACCCCAACAAUAUUUGACUUAAUGUGUGAAUUUUACAGAGCAUUAAUGACUCAUGCUUCAGUACCUCCCGAUCAACGAGUUGUGCUUGGUAUCUCAGAUACUUUGGUGAGUUAUGACUAUUUGUUAGACAUGUACAGCAUAUAUACAUGUUAACCUGCAUGUGCCGUUGCUGGUUUCACCGCCAGUGGCGGACACUACACUGUGAAAACAGAUUGGUUAAUACAACCAAUAAAUUGGACAGAUUAUCUCAGAUUCAAAAUGAAUCUGAGAUAACCAAUUCCUUGGUUGUUUUAACCAAAUUGUUUUAACCAAUUUUUUUAACCAAUAAUUUCCAAAAAUCUUUGAUUGAUAGAUGAAUAACAAUGUAGCACGGCUAUGACAAUUAGACUAUAGAUUGAGCUAUAUACUGCAUGAAAUUGGAGGCAAAAAAGUUUAAAGGAUUAGUGUCAGGGUCAUGCAUUGCGGGCUUUUGUUAUUGUUUACAUUUUACUCAAAUACAACAAAUAGCGAUAAAAAUGCCUUGUUUAGUGCAUUUCUGAUAAAAAACCACACAAAAAGAGCAAGGAUUACAAAAGGAUGGUUUAAAUAUAUGACGGAUUGUAAAAACUUUCCAGAUCAACUAAUCUAUUCGUCCCGAAAAAUGGCCGCCAGCAGGACUCUUGAUCUCCGCGAAUUCCUGGUGUGACACUAAUCCUUUAAAGAACUAAGAUUUCCAGCAGCAAAAGGUGGUCAUAUGGUAGCAAUUUAAAUCCACCAUUCCCCCCUUCCCCCAAAUAUUUCGCGACGUGUCCGCCACUGUUCACGACUACAGAGAAUAUAGUACAAGCUGAAACAAAAUUACAGCAACUUGCAACAACUAUCCCGAACUACCUAUCAAUGGAAAAAGAAAGUAUUCAGAAGCGUGCACUACGGAUUAUUCACCCAGACUCGAGUUACAUCGAAGCAUUAAAACAGGCAAAGUUGGAAACAUACGAUUGA